UCCCGCACCGGAAUCUAUCCAGCCGCAUCUUUAUUAUUUAAUUAUAAAAUAAAGUCAAAUAUCUCCGUAUAUCUAAUAAUUUAUGUAUAUGAUGGAAGUGAAAAGAACAUUUUAAAGUCUUCAUAUCAAAGAGAGAAGAAGAGGAAGACAAAAAGAAAUGAUGAAGACUAAGAGUAAAGCGUUGAUCAUCUUCUUCACUCUAGUUCUGAUUCUAAUCAUGGCGUCAAGGGUUAUUCCAAGAGAAGAUGGUUUUGCUCCUCCUAAACUAUCUCCCUCUUCCACUCAGGAGAAAGAAAGAAGUAGAAAAGGUGAUGGAGAUGGAGUAGAUCAGUGCAAGAGUUCGGACAGUGAAGAAGAAUGUCUUGUUAAGAAAACCGCAGCUGCUCACACCGAUUACAUCUAUACACAAGACUUAAAGUCAUCUCCUUGAAACAAGAACAAGCACUCUGUCUUUUAUACAGUACAAGCUAUAAGCAUAAGCAAACUCUCCUUGACCAUUUGCUCAUGACUUCAUGUUCUUUGUUAUUUUAUUCUAAUAUUUGUUUGAUAUCUCUUUGUCAACUUAUAUAUAUAUUUUUUUUUUCACUGAAAUUUAUUAAAUGGCACAUUUCAACAGAGGCGAAGCCCAAAAUUUUACAAAAGAGGCCAACAGAAGUCCAACAAACGGCCCAGAUUACAUAAUGCUUGAGGCCCAAGCCCACAAGCAUAAACCGUCGAGGAGAAAACACAUCACCGUCCAUGUGUAAAGCCGCCGAGCGACCAUGCCCACGCGUCAGAAUGAAGCUCCACUUUUCCCUGCCGUACACCCAGAGGCGGAGCGCCGGACCCUCGCCGUCAUCGAAGAUGAACCGACGAAGAAAGGCUCAACCUGAGCGAUUUUCCUUGUAACUCAAAACACCCACCAAAUCUACGCUUCAUCAUGAGAAUACAAUCAUCUUCAAUCGAUCUAAAACCUUCGACUUUCCUUGAAGAAGACCCGUCAUCUUUAAUGAUACCAAUAAGCUCGAAGAUGAAACAACCCAACUCGGAGAAGGAAAGAGCAGUUGAAAAAUGAAGAAAGAGAGUUGAUUGACAGGGAAUAACUAGAAGCGAAGAUACAUCAAACCGGGAAUAACCCAGAGGAGAGCCGCCGACAACACCAGACAAAUGUGUGACGCAGAG